AGAGAUACUAUAUAAGUCCUUUUCACAGGCUACCCUCAGAACAACCUCGGGAAUGAAAAGGAAAACUUGUUUUUAACAAGAAACAACCAAAGAAAAUACACACGAGAAGAGGAACGGAUUGUUGUAUUUUUUUAUUCUACAUUUAUUCAUUGUUACUGAUUUUUUAAAUUUUCUCUCAGUUUACAUUCAUUUUGGGAAAACCUCAAAGAAGCUAAGGAGAACAAAAGAACAUACAACUGUUUCAAGAAUAAAUCUACUUGUGUCUUUAAAAAAAGAAAACCUCACAAGUUGCUAUAGGAACAGGUGACACAGACCACCCAGGGGUUUAUUUGCCUGUUCCACAGCCUAUCUACUUGUAUUUAACAUUUGACGCCCGCCGCCCUUCUACUAUGGUGAUAAUGGAAGUCCCCAGCAUCGAUGCCAUGUCCCUCCGCGGGCUGCUGGAGGGGGAAGACCCGGGCUGUCUGGUCCUGGACUGCCGCUCAUUCUUCUCCUUCAACUCCUCUCACAUCCCCGGGUCCACCAACGUCCGCUUCAGUACUAUAGUCCGCCGGAGGGCCAGAGGGGGGCUGGGGGUGGGACACAUCGUGCCCAACGAGGACACGCGGAACCGGCUUCUCUCCGGGGAGUAUCAGUCGGUAGUGUUUCUGGAUGAUCGGAGUUUGGACUUUGGCCAAGUGAAGAAGGACGGGACUCUAAUGCUCGCCGUAACAGCGCUGUGCCGAAACCCGUGUGGGACUAGUUUCUUCUUUCUCACAGGUGGUUUUGACACGUUCUCCUCGGAGUAUCCAGAGAUGUGUACCAAGCCGUCAGCUCCACAGGGACUCAGUCUGCCCCUCAGCGCCCGUCCAGACAGCGCCGAGCCCGGCUGCAGUCCAUGCAGUACACCGCUCUAUGACCAGGGUGUUCCAGUGGAGAUCCUUCCCUUCCUCUACCUGGGCAGUGCCUACCAUGCCUCCAGAAAGGACAUGAUAGACAUGCUGGGUAUCACUGCUCUCAUCAACGUAUCAGCUAACUGCCCCAACCACUUUGAAGAGUCCUUCCAGUACAAGAGUAUCCCCGUAGAGGACAACCACAAGGCUGAUAUCUCCUCCUGGUUCAAUGAGGCUAUAGAGUUUAUCGACUCCAUCCGUAAUAAAGGUGGUCGUGUGUUUGUCCACUGCCAAGCCGGCAUCUCCCGCUCCGCCACCAUCUGUCUGGCCUACCUGAUGAGGACCAACCGCGUGAAGCUGGACGAGGCCUUUGAGUUCGUCAAGCAACGCCGCAGCAUCAUCAGUCCUAACUUCAGCUUCAUGGGCCAACUCCUACGGUUUGAGUCCCAGGUCCUGGCUACUUCAUCCUGCUCGUCGGAAGCCGGGAGUCCUGCCCUGGGGAAGAGCAGUACGGUCUUUAACUUCCCCGUGUCUAUCCCCGUCCAUGGCUCUGCUGGACACGGACAGCUCUCCUUCCUCCACAGCCCCAUCACCACCUCACCAAGCUGCUAAGGGGAAGAGUAGGAUCAGAUGGAGGGCUGUCUGUCUUAGCCUGGACUUGAACUGAACUGUCACUAUUGGUGUCGAGUCGUUGUGAAUACUAGUACUGUACUGUAACAAUACUAGUAGUGACAAUACUAGUAGUGUACUGUAACAAUACUAGUAGUGUACUGUAACAAUACUAGUAGUGUACUGUAAAAAUACUAGUAGUGUACUGUGACAAUACUAGUACUGUACUGUAACAAUACUAGUGCUGUACUGUAACAAUACUAGUAGUGACAAUACUAGUAGUGUACUGUAACAAUACUAGUAGUGUACUGUAACAAUACUAGUAGUGUACUGUAGCAAUACUAGUAGUGUACUGUAACACUACUCGGAGUGUACUGUAACAAUAAUAGUAGUGUACUGUAACAAUACUAGUAGUGUACUGUAACACUACUCGGAGUGUACUGUCAGUGUCACUCAACUACAGGUGACUAAGGAUUGAGUUUUGGAUAGACAUUGAGCUCUAGAACUGAUGGAACCCUUAUUGUUGCCCUUCCUGGUGUAAAGGUCAUAAAGAAGUGAUCUUGGCAUCACAGGACAAAAGGGAUCACUUUUGGAGAGACAAACCAAGUGACCUAGUUUAUGGGUUAAAUACACAGGUCUGCCCCAUCGCCUUAAAAGGAGUUUCUCUGGCUACCAAUAUGGCAGUAUUGUUAUCACAGCAUCCUCUUCUGAAGGUGAAUGAUACCCACAGAUCUGCCUAGAAUACCUCAACUUAUAGGAAGAAACAGAGAAGUCAAUGGCUGAAGGUGAAUGAUACCCACAGAUCUGCCUAGAAUACCUCAACUUCUAGGAAGAGACAGAGAAGUCAAUGGCUGAAGGUGACUGAUACCCACAGAUCUGCCUAGAAUACCUCAUCUUAUAGGAAGAAACAGAGAAGUCAAUGGCUGAAGGUGAAUGAUACCCACAGAUCUGCCUAGAAUACCUCAUCUUAUAGGAAGAGACAGAGAAGUCAAUGGCUGAAGGUGACUGGGGGAAAGGGUCAAUUCUUUAAAGGAAGUUAGACGUAUUUUAAUGAGAUGAAGAGAAGAAAUUGUAUUCAAAGAACUUUGUCAAGUAUGCAAAGUCAUUUAAUGAGAGUGGUCAGCUUUUCAUAAUCACAAUAGCAAAAUGUACCUGCCACAACUCUACUCAAAAUGGGCAAGUAAACCCUCCCUUGGUUACUCACAGAC